AUGGAAGCGUUUGCUAGUAUGAUUAAUAAGGCGGUGUCCUUGAAAAUUUUGAAGGGUGUAAAACUUCCAAAUGGAGGAUUCGAUAUUUCACAUCUUCUGUACGCAGAUGAUGCCUUGAUGAUGGGGAGUUGGUCGUUGGAAAAUGUUAGAACGGUCACAAGACUCUUAAGAGUUUUUAACGUUUGUUCUGGGUUGAAGAUUAAUUUAUUGAAGUCUAAUCUUUUUGGGUUGGGAGUGUCAAACGCGGAGGUGGAAGGCAUGUCGGAAGUUUUGGGUUGUAAGACGGGUACGGUUCCUUUCGUGUAUUUGGGUAUCAAGGUGGGGGCAAAUAUGAAUAAAGUGAGUAACUGGGAUUCGGUCAUUGAGGUGGUGAAGAAUCGGUUGUCUAAAUGGAAAGCAUCGGCGCUGUCUAUUGGAGGAAGGUACACGUUAAUCAAAUCUGUUUUAGAAAGCCUUCCUACGUACUGUUUUUCGUUGUUUAAAGCUCCGGCUAAAGUUUUGAGAGAUAUAGAAGGAAUGAUAAAGCGAUUUUUAUGGGGUUAUGUUGAUGGAGUUGAUGCGUGUGUAGUGUAA